AUACUACCCAUCGCCGUUCGUCAUUUCAGUUUUCACGCUGCUUGCUCGUAUUGAUGUCGUGAAUAGGUAUUUGUGAGGACAUGGAUUCUGAUGGUUGCUCGUUAACUUGCACCAUUAUCCUGGAAUGGUUGAACGCACAAGGAGCUAUUCUGAGAAAAGUGACUCACAGAACGGCGUCACUACGUCUAAUUCGAGAUCGUCAGCGCGAGAUGCUCGUAGAGGUACGCGCCGAGAAGGCAAACGUGCUCACAAAGCUACCUCUGAAAGGUAUAUCGGUAUUUAAUAAAUUCAUGACCGAGGGAAAGGCUUCUAUCAAGUUCAAGGAACAGAACUGUACAUUGUUUCUAUCGAAUGCACCCUCUUCUCAGCUGAUUAAUUUUUUAAAGACUAUAUUUAUCAAGCUGACAGGCCAAGAAGUAAAGACUAUGAAGGAUCCUUUGCACGAGAAGCUCUUUGCAAAUGUACAGCAAGGUGGUGUUAAAGAUAUUAGUCCGGCUACUAGUGCAGAGGUCAACAGAGCCAAGGAAAAAGCUAUGGCUGUAUCACGUGCAACGGUCACCACUCCAUCGCCGAGCGUAGUCAGGAAGCGAAAACAUUUUAGUGACGAUAGUCCCAAAGUAUCUGCAUCAAAAAAGUUGUACGAGAAUCCUACUACAGGAGAGCUGACAGAGGAACAGGCUCAAGUCCUAAAUACAGUGCUUAGUGGCAAGAAUGUGUUUUUCACCGGUAGCGCAGGCACUGGAAAGUCAUUUCUGUUAAAGAAAAUAAUCUCAGCCCUUCCUCCAGAUGUAACAAUGGCUACAGCAAGUACUGGAGUAGCAGCCUGCCACAUAGGUGGAAUUACAUUGCAUAAGUUUGCUGGCAUUGGUGUGGGCACUGGCACCAAGGAAAGAUGUAUCCAGUUGGCCUCUCGUCCAGCUUCAGCUUCAAUAUGGAGGAAAACAAAGCAUUUGGUGAUAGACGAAGUUUCUAUGAUAGAUGGUGAUUUUUUUGACAAGAUUGAGGAAGUGGCAAGACACGUGCGUAGGACUGAAAGACCUUUUGGAGGAAUACAAUUAAUCUUGUGUGGCGACUUCUUUCAAUUACCUCCUAUUUCUAAAACUAAUGACAAAGCAAAAUUUUGUUUUCAAAGCGAGGCCUGGCAAAAGUGUGUUCACUUAAAUUUUGAAUUGCGAAUUGUUCAUCGACAAAAAGACGAGGCAUUUGUAAAAAUAUUAAAUAGCAUUAGGAUAGGUAGAAUUACGGAUGAUAUUGUUGAUAUUUUAAAGGAAACUGCAAAACAAAAAAUUGAAAGUAAUGGCAUAUUAGCAACUAGAUUAUGUUCUCAUGUAAAAGAAGCCGAUGAAAUCAAUGAAUUUCAGUUGAAUGAACUUAAAGGUGAGAGUAAAGUAUAUACAGCAUUAGAUUCUGAUAGUUCUGCGACAUCUAUGUUGGAUCAGCAGCUGCCUAUACCUGGCAAAUUAAUACUGAAAGUUGGCGCUCAAGUUAUGCUAAUGAAAAAUAUAAAUAUUAAUAGUGGAUUAGUAAAUGGUGCUCGAGGUGUCGUUAUUGAUUUUAAAAAUGAUAUACCUAUAAUUAAGUUGCGAUCAGGAACACAUUAUGAAGCAAAGAUGGAAAAAUGGGCUAUCAAAACUAAUUUUGCUGUUGUUAUACAUCGAAAACAAAUUCCUUUAAAGUUAGCAUGGGCCUUUUCAAUUCACAAAAGUCAAGGUUUAACUUUAGAUUGUGUGGAAAUGUGCUUGUCGAGAGUAUUUGAUGCUGGUCAAUCUUAUGUAGCACUUUCAAGAGCUCAGAGCUUACAAAGUUUACGUGUCUUAGAUUUUAAUAGCCAACAGGUAUGGGCUAAUACAGCUGUACUAGAAUUUUAUAAAAAGUUCAGGAGGAAUUUACAAGAGAUGGAAAUGAUUCCUCUGGGUAAGAAAGUAAAGUUGGAAGGAAGUAAAAGAUAA